GCAUUAGUAAAUAUGCUAAUAAGACCGGCUUGUUGAGAAGCUGAACUUAAUGACGAUACUAUUGUAGCGUGUAUCGGUUAAAGAAAUAUGAGCGCGAGAUUUUCAAUCAGUAGGAUUCGCUCACUCCAGCGUACCAGUAACAUUUACGGGUGUAGUUACGACAACAAAUUCUUAAUUUUCAUAGAAUUUCGUUGGAUACUUAGUUUUCGGUAUUUCAUUAUUUGCUUACGAAUUUUAUUGUGCCGAAAAGAUGGAGGUUUUUCUACGUCUCUUGCAAUUAAUGUUCAAGAUUCUUUAUAUAAUAGCUUAUCCGCUAUGGUGCUUCUUUUUACCGCGCAAAGGUCCGUCUACGAUUCCGCCGAUUCGCGACAGAUUAUUGACGCUUUCAGUGGGCGAAGUGUUGGAGUUGUACACACAACGCAAGUUGAAAUCUGUAAAACUGGUAAAAGCUUACUUUGAUCGUGUCAUAGAGGUAAAUCCUCAUAUCCAUGCCGUGGUGCAAGAUCGUUUCCAGAAAGCGCUAGAAGAGGCCGUACGAGCUGAUGAAUUAAUUGCCAGAACUCCAGAUGCGGAAUUACCAGCACUCUUUAAUCGCCUAAAAUUAUUAGGUGUACCUUUUACCGUUAAGGAAUCAUGUGGACUGAAAGAUAUGCCUUUCCGCAUUGGUAGUCGUCAGCGCGCUAAUAUAAUAUGUCAUGCUAAUGGUGAAGUGGUGAACAAUUUGGUGACUGCUGGUGGCAUACCAAUACUGGUCUCCAUAACACCAGAAUAUUGCUUCAGUAUGGAAACAAAUCCAGCAACACAAGAACGUUGCUUAAAUCCACACGACAGUAGACGGACACCAGGUGGAUCUUCCGGUGGAGAAGGUGCUUUGAAUAGUGCAGGCGCAAGCUUGUUCGGUAUUGGUUCUGAUAUUGGUGGUUCGAUACGCUAUCCGAGUUUAUUUUGUGGUGUCUUCGGCCAUAAGCCAACUGGUGGAAUCACUUCAAUUGAGGGACAUUUUCCUUGCUGCAAGGAUAAAGAUUGCCCUGAAUAUCUUCAGCUGGGUCCAAUCACACGAUUUGGUCGGGAUUUGAGUUUAUUAAUGGAGGUCAUGGCUGGCAAAAAUGCUGCAAAAUUGGAUUUGUUAACGCCGGUGGAAACCAAGGACAUAAAGGUUUUCUAUGCAUUGGGAUUUAGUGGUCUCAACGGUAUUUUGCAUAGAUCACCUGUUAAAGAUAUAAAUCUUUCAAUUAUGGCAGCUGUAAAAUGUUUACAAGCCCGCGUCUCACAAACUCAACAAAUGUCAAUGAGCGCUUUCAAAAACUCACUUGAAAUGUCAAUCGGUGGUCUCGUAUUGCUGAAGGAUUUUCCUUAUUUAAUCAACUCUUCGAACCCGCAUAAAAUACGCGAACAUUUUGCCGAAAUGAGUAAGGCAGUUAUGACCCAAUCCGAAUAUUCAAACGAGGCCUUAUACUUCGAUGCGUUACGACGGCUCAAUGGCUGUAUGCGAACGGAAGCUAUGAUGAAAUACAAAGCUGAAUUUGAAGUGCUCAAAUCGACGUUUGCCCGAAUGCUCGGUGACAAUGGCGUUUUAUUAUUCCCCACCUUUCCGGUACCCGCUUUGCAUAAUAAUUCCUCGCUCUUGGCUCUUUGGAAUGUAGAUUAUGCUAUGAUCUUUAAUAUAAUUGGCUUUCCAGCGACGCACAUACCAAUGGGGCGUGAUGGCGAUGAUUUGCCAGUUGGAUUUCAGGUGGUGGCCGCUCCCUAUCGAGAUAAGCUGUGCUUUCAAAUCGCACGUGAAUUAGAAGCCGCCUUUGGUGGUUGGGUUAUUCCCACGCCACAUGCAUUUGAACCUUUGUAAAGGUCGAAAUGAGUAAUUUGAUUUGGUUUUAUUACUCACAUUUUUAUUUUAGAAUUGAAUAAGUCAUUUUAAUACGAUAGUUUUGCAUUCAAUAAAAGUUGUACUUAAUAAUAAAAUAAA